AUGAAGCUCCUCCUCCAAAGCCUCAACGUCUGGGCCGCCGACCCAGCCAACGCCGCCGCCGCCGAGAGCUGGGAGGAAGGACUGCUCCCCGCGACCGCCGCGGAACAAGAAACCCUGGACGCGCUAGUCUACGAAAAAGCAGCAUCCGGCACCAUCGAGGAGUGCACGGCGGGCCACCGCGUCAACUCCGCGAAUCUCUACCUCGUCUCUACCAAGAACCACCCAUGCCUGGGCCAUUCGUUUGCCGUGCGCAGACUUCAGCGACUAGGGAGCGAGGAGGGCCAUCCGCGAGGCGAACGACUUACUCAGAGACGAGGAGAAGAGAGCAGCGCAGCACAUGAACAGAGGAGGAACGGACCACGACGUAGCGGCGGUCCUCAUCACCGCCGGAUCGGAUAUAGUGUGUACAUUUACGACCUCGGACUUCCGACCAACGGGCCCGGCCGCGGCCGAAGACGGUUCUCGGAGGCUCUGAUGAUCGGCAGGAUCAUCAUUGGCGGCGGCGGGAACGAGGGUGAUGGCUGCCGCGCUAUGGCGGUGAGGUGGAUGGUUGAGGUGAUUGCGCAGCAGUGGAUGGGGUUGGAUGGUCUGGAGGCGGCGCGAGGACCGCCUUUGUACUUUGGUGAGGGGUGUGACCAGCAGGAGGUGCGUUGGUAA